AUGGAUGUUUUCGCUAGCAUUUUUGAUCCACACUACAAGUGCUCUGGAUGCUCAAAAACCUUCAAGUUGACUUCCAAGAGAAGGAAAUGCAGGAUAUGUAGUAAUUUUUAUGUAGAAACUAUUUUUUGUAGAGAAUGCAGCAUAAAAGAAAAAAGAUCAGGCUUCCUCUCCUCAAGGCGAUACUGCAAAGCUUGCUAUUCUGGCCUUUCAGGAAAUUUGUCUAUGCUUGCAAAUUCACAAAGCUCGAUUUUGCCAUCACAUCCCGAUUCCUCCCCAAAGGACAUUGAAAACUCCAAAAUUAAUUUAGAUGAUUGGGAAGUCCUAGCAAUAGAAGCAGGAAUCCCUUCAAAUGAAGUCGAGGAAAACAAAGAAGACAUACGAAGAGUCAUGAGCCUGGUAAUCGAAGGUGUAGCCCCAAUGCCACAUAGAGAAAGUGUAAGCUUCAUUUAGUUCACCAUAAGAUCCCACGAAAGAGUUGAACUAGUGAAAAGGAACCCCGAAGAAUUGUAUCAAAUCAAAGGCAAGCUGGGAGAAGGAGGUUCUGGGGCUGUAUUUUAUGUCGAAAAUAAAGAAACGUCAGAAGCUUUUGCCUUGAAGAAAAUUAAACCGAAAAAUGCUAAAGAAAGGGAACAAAUUUUGAAUGAAAUUGCUUUGACAAUUAUGAGCGCGAACCCGAAUGUGAUUAAUUAUUAUGAAUCUUAUGAUUAUAACUGAUUUUUGUGGAUUGUGGUAGAAUUGAUGAAAGGAAGCUUGACUGAUUUGGUGCUAGAUAGAGCAGGAGAAAUCAGUGAAGACACGAUGGCGUAUGUUUUUAGAGAAAUUUUGAAAGGGUUACUGUUUCUACAUAGACAACAUAGGAUUCAUCGUGAUAUAAAAAGUGAUAAUAUUUUGAUUGCUCUUGACGGAAGUGUAAAAGUUGGAGAUUUUGGGUAUGCAGCACAGCUAACAACUGAGCAAAAUAAAAGGACAACAGUUGUAGGUACUCCAAGCUGGAUGGCACCUGAGCUGAUUACUGGGACUUUAUAUGAUGUAAAAGUAGAUAUUUGGUCACUUGGUAUUGUAGCUCUUGAAAUGGCUGACGGAGAGCCACCAAAUCUUCAUAUGAAUCCGAUGAAAGCAUUAUACUUAACUGCAUCAGGAGUACCGCCAACUUUUAGGAAUCCUGCCAAGUGGAGUGCAAACCUAAACAACUUUGUAAACCGCUGCCUUGUAAAAAGUCCUGAAGAACGCGCUAGUUCUGAAGAGCUUUUAGCUCACCCAUUCCUGACAAAUGUCCCUGAAAAUGCUAAAGAGUUGUUUUCUCAGUACUUAAACGCAUGGGUUAAUUCUAAGAAUAAUAGAAGAAAUGCUUAUUAA